GUCAUCAUGAACUAUUCGUUAGAUGAUAUCAGAAGCAUUCUUUCAAGAAAACAUAAACUUCCUGUAGAAACUGAAAACAGUUUGAUGGAUCUACGCAUCUUUGUUUUAUCUCAUUCUAUUCCUUCCCAGAAACGGGGAUUACUCUGGAAACUAUUAUUACGGGUAAAUGAAAUAUCUGCGAAAUGUUAUAUAUCAUUAGUGCAUCGAGGACCUAGUUUGAUGGAUUCAAAAAUCAGGAAUGAUACCUUUCGAACAAUGACGACAGAUGAAAAUUUUUUGGAACAAGUGUCUGAAGAUAUGCUUAUUCGAGUUUUGAAUGCUUUUGUAUGGAUCAGUUCUUCAGAUGGCAAAGAACUUGAUACACCAGAAGAAUUACGUUACCGAUCAAAAUUUAUAGGAUGGUUUCCUGAAGCUGGAUUGACUUAUGUUCAAGGUAUGAAUGUAUUGGUUGCACCAUUUUUGAUGGUGAUGCCUGAAAUGGAGGCUUUCUAUGCCUUUUCAAAUUUUAUGUGGAGAUGGUGUCCUUUAUAUAUUCAACCUAAUCUGAAAGGUGUUCAUAGUGGUAUCAAACUACUUGAUAUGUGUCUGAAAAUGCUAGAUCCACAACUAUAUUAUCUUUUACUCAGUAAAGGGUUUACUGCCAAUAUGUAUGCGAUACCAUCUGUGAUGACAUUUUGCGCCUGUACACCACCAUCCAAAGAAUUGUUAUUAUUAUGGGACGUUAUGUUUGCCUUUGGACUCCAUUUGAACAUUCUUUUUAUUAUUGCUCAACUAGCCUUGAUACGGAAAGAUUUAAUGGCAAGCUCAAGUCCAAUGAAACUACUUCGAAAGCUACCUUCUUUACAAGCCGAGAAAAUUAUCAAGAUCACAUUAUCAUCCAUUAAGCAACUUCCACCUGAUCUAUAUGAAAAAUUGGUCCGACAUGCUUAUGAUGAAUCUGUCGCUGAUAGUCUUGGUAUCCAAUUAUCUGCUGGUGUUUCUCAAUCUGAAGAUUUACAUAGAUUACCACCUUAUUUAGCUGAAGCCCUCCUUUGAUUUUGAACAAUAAAAAAUGCAUUUCAUUGUCCGCGACGCGUA